AUGCAACCAACCCUCAUCUUCCUCCUCUCCUCCCUCAUUCUCCUCAGCCACGCGCAAAUCCAGUUUGACUAUCCAUCGGCGAACCUCAACACCACCUGGAUUAACAACCACCGCUUCGCCUCCAACUCAAUCAACUUCAUCAGCGGCGCCAAAGCGCGCAUCAUCCUCCUCAAGAGCUCCGGCGGCCCCAGCUUCGCCUGCGGAUUCUACUGCUUCCCCCCCUGCCAUGGCUUCCUCUUCUCCAUCUUCCUCAUCAACACCACGAUUUUCUCCGAACUCUUGAGUGAUAUCUUGCAUGACAUACCUUUCUUGUGGUCGGCUAACCGUGAGCGCCUCGUGGACUGGAACGCCACCCUCCAUUUCACAAAAGCCGGCGACUUGAUCCUCCUCGAUUCCGACGGCACCUUCGUUUGGUCAACCAACACCUCAAACCGCUCUGUUUCAUCCCUGAAUCUCACUUCUUUCGGCAAUCUCAUGCUUCUCAACGACAAAAAUGAGACUGUUUGGUCUUCCUUCGACCACCCAACGGAUACUCUGCUUAAUGGCCAGACGCUAAAACUUGGACAAAGCCUUACUUCCAAUUACCUUGCCGAUAAUACCACUCGAGGUAUGUACUAUCUCUUGAUUCAAGAAGACGGCUUUUACGCCUACGUUAACUCCAGCCCUCCUCAGCUUUACUUCGAGUUAUUCGAAAAUGUUAGUAAAAUAACUCCAGCUUACAAUCUCACGUUGAAGGACGGCCACCUUAUAUGGCCUGAUGGUAAUGCUAAGGUAAUUGUAUUCCCGGAGAAUUGGGCUGUUCUGUUCAUUAGAUUGGAUUACGAUGGCCAUUUGAGAGUAUAUGGAAUUGGACAGAAUUUCAAUCAAGGACUAACGAUGUUGUCUGAUUUGACAAAUUUUCUUCUUGGUUACUGCGAUUAUCCCAUGGCUUGUGGGGAGUAUGGGAUUUGUUCAGAAAGACAGUGCAGUUGUCCUGUAAAUGUUAGUGAUGGAGACUCCAGUUUCUUCCAGACGUACAGUAGGGACAAUUGGCUUAAAAGCUGCUCUCCUGUGAAUCAGAUUUCCUGUCAAUCUGCAGAAAACCAUCGCCUUUUGCCUUUGGGCAACAUCUCCUACUUCAAUUACAUCGAUCCGAAUGCUGCUGCUCUUCGUGGAACGGAUGAAGAGACCUGUAAGCAAGCUUGUUUGAUGAAUUGCUCCUGCAAAGCUGCAUUUUUUAAGUAUGGAGGAGAUUUUCUUCAUGGAGACUGUUAUCUCCCUACCGAGAUCUUCUCCUUGAAGAACUCGGUUAACUACAGCUCAUCAGCUUACAUCAAGAUGCAUGUGCAUAUGGCACCACCAAUAACAUCAGAUCAUUCAUCAGCAGAUCAUUCAUCGAAGGAAAAAUCAAACAGAAUCAGUGUAUUCAUUGCCAUGCUCGGAAGCUUGCUCCUCACAUCUUCUGUGAUUUUGGUCAUCAUUCUCCGUUUCAGAAGGCGAAGAUCUGAAGAGAUUGAGUACAGUGAUCAGUUCGAUCGAGUGCGUGGAGCUCUAAUCAGAUUUUCAUUCGAUGAACUCUACAUUGCCACACAAGGCUUUAACAGAAAGCUCGGACAAGGAGGAUUUGGAUCUGUGUUUUGGGGAACAUUGCGGGAUGGCAACGAGGUUGCAGUGAAGAAACUUGAAGGUCUCGGUCAGGGGAAAAAUGAGUUCUUGGCAGAAGUUGAAACCAUUGGAAGCAUUCACCACAUUAAUCUCGUAGAACUAGUCGGUUUCUGCGCUGAGAAAUCGCACAGACUUCUCGUUUAUGAGUACAUGCCCAACGGAUCUCUUGAUCAAUGGAUCUUCCGAAGAGAACACAAAGAAAAAGAAGAAGAAGAAGAAGAAGAAGAAGAAUGGAAGGUUUGGAAGGGUGGAAUCUGA